AAAGAAGAUGGCGGCGCCCAGCAGCCGGUGAGGGGAGAGGACACCGGGCUCCCAGUAGGGGCGGCCCGACUCGUGCGUGAUGGCCGCAUCCCCGCACACUCUCUCCCCACGCCUCCUGACAGGCUGGAUAGGAGGAUGCAUCUGGCAUCUGGAGAGGAGAGCCAUGCAGGAGUCACCGCAUAGGCUUCUGCAUCUUCUCAGGAACGUCAAUCAACAGUGGAGCACCUUUCGGCACCUGACCUUCCUCAGGCGCAUGUAUGUCACACAACUGAACAGAAGCCUCAACCAGCGAGUAAAACCGAAGCCAGAACCAGUGGCAGCUCCUUUCCUUGAAAAAACAUCCUCGGAUGAGGCCAAAGCAGACAUAUAUGAGAUGAGCCCUCUCUCAGCCCCCAGCCUGUCUCCGUCCAGAGAGCCAUAUGCAAAAGAAGCGCUGGAACUAGAAGCUGCCUCAGCAACCGAAGGCCCAGUCGCUGCGGAAAAAGAGGCAAAGGAGGAGCGGCAGUGGAAGGAGAUGAAGCUGCGGUGGGACGACUUGCCCGGCGCUCUGGCCCGGCUGUCCAAGAUCAAGCUCACAGCCCUCGUCGUCAGCACCACCUCGGCCGGGUUUGCGCUGGCUCCAGAACCUUUUGACUGGACCUGCUUCCUGCUCACCUUUGUCGGAACAGGCCUCGCAUCCUGUGCUGCCAACUCCAUCAACCAGUUCUUUGAGGUUCCGUUUGAUUCAAACAUGAAUAGGACAAAGAACAGACCUCUGGUUCGCGGACAGAUCAGCCCGCUGCUGGCCGUGUCCUUCGCCACCUGCUGCGCUGUUCCGGGGGUCGCCCUGCUGACCUGGGGGGUGAAUCCGCUCACGGGAGCCCUGGGCGUCUUCAACAUUUUCCUGUACACCUGCUGCUACACGCCGCUCAAGAGGGUCAGCAUCGCCAACACGUGGGUCGGGGCCGUGGUGGGCGCCAUCCCUCCGGUCAUGGGCUGGACAGCAGCCACGGGCAGCCUGGACGCUGGAGCAAUUCUUCUGGGAGGAAUCCUCUACUCCUGGCAGUUUCCCCAUUUCAACGCCCUGAGCUGGGGCCUCCGCGAAGACUACUCCCGGGGCGGCUACUGCAUGAUGUCGGUCACCCACCCGGCGCUGUGCCGCCGUGUCGCCCUGCGCCACUGCCUGGCUUUGAUCGCACUCUCCGCCGCGGCCCCUGCCCUGGAUGUCACCACGUGGACCUUCCCGGUCAUCGCCCUCCCCAUCAACCUGUACAUUUCCUACCUCGGCUUCCGGUUCUACAGGGACGCGGACCGGAAGAGCUCCCGGAAGCUGUUCUUCUGCAGCCUCUGGCACCUGCCUCUGUUCCUGCUGCUGAUGCUGACCUGCAAGCGGCCGGCCGGGCGGGGCGACGCCAGGGAGCCUCAGGGCUGACGUCACGCUGUCGUGCGGGAACGGCGAGAAACAUAGGAGACGCACAGGUUGUUUUGUUUUGUUUUUCCUCUCUGCUGUUAGGCAGGAAUAUUUUGGUAAUCUGAAAACACCAAGAGAGAAAUCGCAGGGUUUGGGACAAGGUUGUAACAUAAUUGGUGCUCAGGGCUCGCUCAACAACUUUUGUAAAUGGUGAUAUCCAAAAUGCUCCCCAUUAGGACUGCGUUGACUCGGUCGAUUAACACAAGGAGUGGUUAACCCCUUUGCGGGUCGUUAUGGAGCUCUCGCGCCAGCCCCACCCUGUCUGCUCAUCCUCUCCCUCAGGUAGAAGUGCAGGUGAGCCUUUCCUGGUCCCUCCACACAUACUCCCCACCUGCCAGCCAGACAAGGUGCGAGCUCACACUGUGGUAUCUGUGGUUCUGUGGCCUCCGGUCCCUGCUGGGACAGCCCCCCUUGUUGUGAAUGAGCCAGGGCCCCUCUUUCUGCUCCCUUCGCCCCACACCUCCUCAGCCUGACCAUCCCUCAGACAAAACCACGGAUGUGCUGCCGCUCGGCCUUGGCAGGAAGAAUUCCAAACGGUUGCCCAGGGAACCUCAGGCUGGACCGCCAGCCCCCCCACCCCAGACCCCCAACCCCGACCUGUCAGCUUUCAGAAACUCCAAGCAAUCAAAGGCAUCUUUAAAGUUCGCUUUACUAUAUAGGAGGUAUCAGAGCAUUUCUUUCUGGAAGGGUCUCUCUCGACUUAAAACCAGAAAUCCCUCCAGCUCUGAUCCAUCAAUUCCUCUUUAUUCACGACUGUGGUUGUCGGCUUCUCUUUGCUGCAAGGCUCUGAGGCCAAAGGAGAAGGGGAAUCAGAAAAGGGUGAGCAGGGCCAGCCAGCCCACGCAGCUCACGUUCCUGUCCCUUUAGUGGAAAGCACAUUUCCAUCCUUCUAUCUUCUGAAUUCAGAAAUGAGCCUUCACGUGUCCAGUGGCUUUGAGAGCCAGAAGCAGGUGCUGGCCCCCUGUGGGGGUGCUCCUGGUCCUGGGAGGGGUGGGUCCCCGCAGCCAGGUGUGCCUCCAUCCCUCAGGCUUCACGUCCGUCCCCUCAUCCACUCUCCACUCCCACUUGCCUGAAGGUCUUGAAGCUUAACAGGAUGUUUUCAUUACUCAGGCUCCAGGGGCAUGGCUGCCCUGGAAGGAAUUCAUUCGGGGAGUUUAAGCAACACUUAGGCAGUCAUUGCAGUAUGCCUGUUCUCUCACAACUCCCCAAAACAAUGCAGUUAGUAUCUGAUGUCUGUUUCCACUUACCUGAAACACCUCUCUUGGCCGUGUCCAGAUGGCACUGUGGGAAGUGACACAGGCAUGUCGUGGGGGGCAGGGGGUUGGGGGGCGGCACCCGCAGCCCUCAGAUUUGUAAAGCGCAUCGGUUCUCUUUUCCUGCUGCAAUAAACCAGCCCCU